UAAGAAAGAAAGAAAGAAAGAAACUAAGAAAGAAAAGGGUGGAAACCCCACCAGCCAAGUCUGCAGAAAAAAAAUAAAUGAAGUCUGCCUAUCUCGGGCCGGAGCCCCUCCCCUCGGCCCGCGCCAGAGGAGCGUGACACAGGUGCCGCUUCCUCCCCGCCGCUGAGGGUCAGGAGCCGGCCGGCGCGACCCUCGCCACCGCUCCGCUGUCCCUUCGGCCCCUGGUCCCGCUGGCGCCCCGCACCCGUCGGCGAUGAACAGCGUCAAUGGCACGUCGCGGCCCAGCUUUGAACUCGACCCUGGCCCAUUUUUCCCCUCUCUGAGGGCGAACAUCGCCAUCAUUGCAGGCGUGAUCGCUGCUGUAGCCAUCGUCCUGAUCUGCCUCUUCAUCGUCAUGCUACGCUACAUGUACAGACAUAAGGGGACCUACCACACCAAUGAGGCCAAGGGCACAGAGUUUGCUGAGAGUGCAGAUGCAGCCCUGCAGGACGACCCCUCCCUCCAGGACACAGGUGACAACAGCAGAAAGGAGUACUUCAUCUGAGGAGCACCAGGCCUCGCCUCCCCCAGUGCCUCCUUCAACUCCACGAGAGAAGAUGCACCCCACAACCCCACCUGCUAUCUGUACCACCAGGCGGAUCAUGAGAGUGCCCACCUCAUCCCAAGAUAUGCACCUGGCCUGGGAACACUAGGUGCUAGCCUGGGGAGAGAGGGAAGAAGGAACUGAGCCACAAGAGGCCUCUCCCAGGCACCCAGGGAUGCAGUGGCCACCCAGGAGGCCUGCCUUUGCUCUGCCAGAGGGAGAAAGUCUGGGUUCUCCUGGACAGUGCAGUUUGUUAUCAGCAUGGUGUGAAAGUCCUUGCUGGGCGGGUGGGCCUGAGGGCUGGGGAAGCAAGAAAGUGAGUCAUCUGUAAGCUGACUGGGGAUAAUGGCAUCAAAUGUCAGUCCUUGACAUUUGGGGGGAACAGCAGGUGCCAGAGCUAAAAGGCACCUUUGUCUCCCAUUGAUCCAGCUCUAAAUGAUUGGAAAUAAAUUUGAAAUGUAACCAAGCA